AUCGAUAAAUCCUCGGUCACACCUGCCCCUAGUAUUAACAAACACAAGCAGCACUUUUUUUUAAAUCGCCUUUUAAUUAUUAACUAAAUAAGUUUCGUUUUAACUUUAAGCUUUCAACGCCGUGUAACAAAUCCAGUUCACUAAUGUCCAUAACCCUGCUGCGAGGUGGCAAGCAAAAGACAAGCAACUGUGUAGGAAUGACCGUAAUGGCCAAAACUACGUUUGAAGAAAUAUGCGAUAAUGCCAAAUUAGCCAGGGACAUGGCGCUGACGGGCAACUAUGACUCGGCCUGCAUCUACUAUGAGGGAUUGCAGGGCAUGCUGGCACGCCAGCUCAAGGCCACAGCGGAUCCCAUGCGGAAGGGCAAGUGGAGCAUGAUCAAUCAGCAGAUCAGCCAGGAGCAUGCCAAAGUGAAGGCCAUACAACGCACACUGCAGGACAUAUCGCUGGAUUUGCAGAGCACUAAAUUUGCCCACAAGCUGCGACAGCAGUUGAGCGAGGAGAGCAACGUGAGCCAAGAUCCCUCCGCCUGGUUUAAGCCCGAUCCAGAUAUUUGGACACCACCGCCCAAGGAUCCAGACGUCUGGGGUCCGCCCAAGCCUCCACCCUCGACCUCGGCCAGCAGCACCACACAGGUUGUGGGCCGGCGAGCAGCAACCAACAAUCGACGCAACGGCACCAACGCCACGCAGAGCAACCGUCCCAGCACAAUCCCACAGAUCACGAACCGAAACGGUCCGAAACGCAACUCGUCCGCCGCCGCCACCGCCUCCACCUCGAACAGUGCACGUGCCACCAAUGGCCGGGCAGGGGGACGAAAACUUUCCACCUCAAACAACGAUCGCAAUGCCAACAACAACGACAGCAAGGACGAGGACGGCGUGGCAGGCAGCAAUGGCGGAGCGGGCGACGGUGAGGGCGGUGACUCGCAGGCGGGCGAAGAGGAGCGCAAGUUCCAGCCAAAUAAUCACAUCGAAGCCGAGCUGGUCGACAUUCUGGAGCGUGAUAUUCUGCAAAAGGAUCCCAAGGUGCGGUGGAGCGACAUUGCCGAUCUGCAGGAUGCCAAACGGCUGCUGGAAGAGGCUGUGGUGUUGCCCAUGCUCAUGCCGGACUACUUUAAGGGCAUUCGAAGGCCAUGGAAGGGUGUGCUCAUGGUCGGACCACCGGGCACGGGCAAAACGAUGCUGGCCAAGGCCGUGGCCACCGAAUGCGGCACAACCUUCUUCAAUGUCAGCUCGGCCACGCUCACCUCCAAGUACCGUGGUGAGUCGGAGAAGAUGGUGCGACUGCUGUUCGAAAUGGCGCGCUUCUAUGCGCCCAGCACGAUCUUCAUCGAUGAGAUUGACUCGCUGUGCUCGCGCAGAGGGUCGGAGUCGGAGCACGAGGCCUCGCGACGCGUCAAAUCGGAGCUGCUGGUGCAGAUGGAUGGCGUGGGCGGUGGCGAGGAGCAGGCCAAAGUUGUUAUGGUGCUGGCAGCCACCAAUUUUCCCUGGGACAUUGAUGAGGCGCUACGCCGGCGGCUGGAGAAGCGCAUUUACAUACCACUGCCGUCGGAUGAGGGGCGCGAGGCGCUGCUCAAGAUCAAUCUGCGUGAGGUCAAAGUGGACGACACGGUGGAUCUCACCUACGUGGCCAACGAGCUGAAGGGCUACUCCGGAGCGGACAUAACCAAUGUUUGCAGGGAGGCGAGCAUGAUGUCCAUGCGGCGGAAGAUAGCUGGCCUUACGCCCGAGCAGAUCAGGCAACUGGCCACCGAGGAGGUGGACCUGCCCGUGUCCAACAAGGACUUCAACGAGGCCAUGAGUCGCUGCAACAAGAGCGUGUCCAGGGCGGAUCUGGACAAGUACGAGAAGUGGAUGAAGGAAUUCGGCUCGUCAUGAUGGCGUUACCGUCACCCACUACACUACCCUCCCUCGUUGCAGUUUGUAGCAAUUGUAGGAAUAUAUUUUUGAAUACCCUAACAAUAGGCGCUUAAGUUAUUAAGCUUUUAAAGUGAGAUCCGAACCGAACCGAACCGCCCGGAGGAAUAGUUGAACAUAUUUUAUAUAAAACAUUUUACACACGAUAUGGAAACGGAAGCCGUUGGAAUUAUGAAAAACACAAAAGACUAAUCGUUCUCUAAGAGGAAACCCAAUGAAGCGAAAAUGCAAAUCUGAAAUUGAAACGACACUGAAAUCGAAAGGAAGAUAGGCAAUAAUAUACACACACA